AUGGUCAACAAACAUGGAUUCACACGUGCCCGCGCACUCUGGAAAGUCAAGCACCCCACAGCUGAGGAGCCGCCGGGCAUCCCGCCAGAACCCCAUCCCCCAGCACCAAGGUCCAAACGCACAGCACCGGACACAACAAGCGAUCCCAACCCGAUCGUCAAGAAGCGUCGAGAAGAGUUUGCUUGCAACUUAUGCGCGGCGUCGUUUAAAGGACAGGUGGGGCUAACAAGGCACCUUCGCUACUUCCACCCCCAGCAAUACCAACAUGCAGAACGCAAACGAGCUCGGGGGAUGGAAGAGAGGGCCAAAACAUUCCCUUUUCACUGCGAUCACUGGGAGUUCGGAGCCCUAAGCAAGACAGGACUCUUAUCCCACAUCCGUCACAAGCAUCGCUCCCCACAAGACCCGCCACGAGCAGUGACACCACGGCCCACAUUAUUUUGCCCAAUAUGUCGCAGGAUCAUGGGAAACGCUGGAGGACUGGCAAGCCACAUGAAAUACAAGCGCUCCGACGGAGUAAAUAAUAGGACACAGGGCCCAAACAAAGACACGCUAAGACCCUCUAGGGAAAAAAAAGGGGGUGGGGGAACCCACCGACCUGCACGCCACUGCCAAAAACAGGAAAAAGAUGAAGCAGAAUUGCCCCAUCGUAAAAAUCGCACGAGAAGAGAGACAUCCUCCACCACAGAAGUGCUGACAAACCGCGAGGGACGAGACCCCUGCCGCCCGAGCGGGGGAAGGAAACACAAUGCUUGGUGUGAUUGGCGCGGUUUGCCGGCAUGGGUUCAGUGGCGCCGCACCGCGGGCGAUUUCAUGAGGGCCAAAGGGUUUCAAUAA